AUGCUGACCUCGCUCACAGUUCUGGAUGCCCCUAAUCUCCGCGACGACUACUACUGUACCCUACUCGCAUAUUCCUACACCUCCAAGUGUCUGGCUGUCGGCCUAGGAAAUUUUGUUCAUCUCUGGUCAGAGAGAAACGGUGUCAACACGCCAGACUCGCUGAACGCCGUGCCGCCGAACGGUCCCGCAGAUGUUCAACACGUCACCUCCUUAGACUUUUCCUCUACAGCAGGGGGUCAAGCGAUCCUUGCCGUGGGACGAGCCGAUGGCCGCAUCUUGCUAUGGAGCCCACUGGAUGCUGAGCCACGAUUUGAUGCAACACAACCCAAGCCUGUGUCAUGUGUAUCCUGGAGACCGACUGUUGUGCAACGCCCUUCUCUCCGAGAUAGAGCAAUGACUGUAUCAACGGAGGAGUUGCUCAUCGGAGACGAAGUCGGUCACAUCUACUUUUACAGUGUGGAAUGGCCGUCAGAGACGCACAGUGAACUUUUCGGUUGGACUGGCGCCAUGACCCUGCUGGCUCGACUUUCAAUCCACAGUCAACAGAUCUGUGGCCUAGCAUGGUCAUCCGACGGUGAGCUCUUCGCGAGUGGAGGAAACGACAAUAACUGCAAUCUUUUCGAAACGAAGAAAGUGCUUCGAUCGAACCCAGCAAGCGAAAAUACAGCAGCCAUCUUGGACGUCCGCGAAGGCCCACGUGGCGAAUCCAUCUACACCGUAACCAACCGUAGCAACAACGCCGUCCUACACCUCGCGCAAUCAGCGGCAAAACACACAUGGACACUCAAUGCCGCCGUCAAAGCCAUGGCCUUCUGCCCUUGGCAGCGCGGACUCUUAGCCGUCGGCGGCGGCUCGAACGACCGCUGCAUCCACUUCUACCACACCCGCUCCGGCACCUGUCUUGCCACUAUCGACUGCGCAGCUCAAAUCACCAGCCUCAUCUGGUCCCAGACGCGCCGCGAGAUCGCGGCAACUUUCGGCUUCGCACAACCCGAACACCCCUACCGUGUCGCCGUCUUCGCCUGGCCCAGCUGCGAACAAGUCGUUGCUGUCCCGUGGUACGACGAGAAUCGCGCGUUAUGUGCAGUCGCUUACCCAGGUGGUCCCACGAGCGGUCCGCAGACAGACGACGAUCGUGAUGGUGGGAGGGCGAGGGGUGAAGACGGGGUGUGGUCGCGGAGAGGUGUUGAGGAAGGUUGCAUUGUUGUGGCCGCGAGUGAUAUGGCGAUUCGGUUCCACGAGAUAUGGAGUGAUCGAAGGGGUAGUAUGGGCGCAGGCGGCUUGCUGGGUGGUGGCUCGAUGGGCUUGUUAGGCGGGAGUGAUAUCCUUGAGGGGCCUUAUGCUGGCGGUAUUGAAAGGCAGGGCACGAUUAUCAGGUAG